UCUUCGCCUCGGACUACUGCAAGCCGCACCAGGCGGCGCGCACCGCCAUGAUCUCCAGUCAACCCAUCUUAGUCAAUCAUCCACGACAGUGCAGCGAGGUCGGGUGAGAGGGCCUGCGAAAGACGCGAACGUACAUCGCUCGGUGCGCGCGUUGGGCGAGAGCAACACGGACCGCCAGAGUAUCGACGCGCAAUACAUUCAGGGCGGGACGGGAGCAGCUCGAGGCUGGGUGCUGUUCAGCACAUGUAGUCACGGCGCUAUGUACACGUUCGACUCCUCGCCUGCGCCGGGUGCGGACGGCUACGUGCGCCCAGCGUUACUGCGGUGAAGGAUGUAUGACGGCGAUAGGCUUCACCGCGACCGCCGGGUGCGGAAGCGAGUCAAGUCGAUGGACUACGACACUGAGCAGGUUGCGAUUCGCGCGGACAACGGGCCUGUUCGUUACCCACGGCCGACAGUCGAUCAUUUGGAUCGCCGACCUUCAGCAACGUCAGACGCAGCCUCGUUCCGCGCUCGACUUCCUCCGGAACGCAUCAUUGGUGUUGCGCCGUUGAGAUCUGACUGCGUCGCCCUUGAGCCUGGGUCAGUCAACUGCGCAUUCGGAUGCACCGCCGUCCACAACGUCCGGACACGUCAGCGUCGCGAACCCGCCACUGUCCAAGCGACCACGUCGUCCAUGGGCGAAGUGGUCGGUCAUGCCCACGCACUCGCAGCCGGAUGCAGCACACUGCUGAGGAACUGCGAGUGCGGACGCAUGGUGUGCGAUGUAACUGCGCAGGUGUCGAAGGCGACUCGAGAGACGGCCGGGCGCGUCGCCCGAGAACGCGUGCAUGUCGCGCGAAAUCGCCGCCUGUGGAACAGCAGUCGGGGCGAUGCGGACGUGACGUGCACGGAGCGGGCGAGCACAGAGGGUAGAUGGGAAGGAAAGGGAAGAUGGAGACUCACCUCGUGCAGCUGGUGUACCAUCCCAUCAACAGCGAAACCACGGCGCAGUCGAAGAACGUCACCAUGGGCGUGUCGUGGCCAGCAACAAGGUGGUCCGACAAAGCAGAAGGCGAGGCGAGUGGAUGAGUGAGUUAGCGUUGGGCGGCGAAGGUCGAAGUGGCAGCGUCGGGGUGAAUUGCAGACAGGGCAAGUGAGGACUGUUGAGCUGCGCAGUGGA